GGUGAAUCGAAUUGGCGAUACAUGUUAUGGUUUGUGAUGACACUUGUUGGUGCGGCUCUUCAUGGAUUUGUAAAUGCAGGAGUGGAGUAUAGUCAUGUUAAAGCUGGAGUUGUUGUCACCUUUGAUCUUGUCAUGCAAAUGCAAUUUCUUAUAUCAAUGUUCUCAGCUUUGUUUUGUAUCGUGGCAAUGAUUAUCAACAAAGAUUUUCAGGCCAUCACUAGAGAAGCUGAAGAAUUUGGAUUAGGGCAAAGAAAGUACUAUAUGAUAUUAGCAUUAACAGCAAUAUCUCUACAAACUAUGAUUAUUGGAAAUCUUGGGAUGAUUUUCUGCUCCUCAGCACUAUUGUUUGGGAUAGUAAAUGCACUUCUUGUUCAGGGCCGACUCAACAAGAUCGGGGGCCUAAAGCCAAACCUUAAAGAGAGGCCCUAAUAUUUCUAGAAGUAUUUUGUUUCUUUAAUCUCUUUAAUAAUUUUAUUCUUGACUUCACUUGCUAAUAAGUUAAAUAAU